AUGGUGAUGAAGAAGCAUGAGCUGGAGGGCACUCUGGCGGAGGAGGCCCUCAUGAUCAAGGCAGGAAAGCUCCGAGACGAGAACCCUCUUGAUACUAGCCCGGAAUUUCAUGACUUUCUUCAAGCUUGCCGCCACAACGACUUGAGAAAGUGCCAAGAACUGAUCAACCUCGGCGUCAACAUCAAUGGCAAAGAUAGGUUCGAUUAUACACCACUCAUUAUUGCUAGCUUAUGUGGUCAUUAUGAACUGGUCCAGUUGCUGCUUGAGGCCGGAGCACUGGCAGAAAGGGACACCUUCCAGGGUGAGCGUUGCAUCUACAAUGCCCUCAACGACAGGAUACGCAACCUCCUCCUAAAGUACGACUUCUCCAAGUCGUCAGAUCCUUACAUCUACUGGUCCACGCACAUCUCCUCGCUCCUCAACCACAGCCUGGCGGACAUCUCGCUCGUCGCCGGCUCGCAGUCCUUUGACCUCCACAAGUUCAUCCUCGCAUCCCGGACGCCGUACUUUAGGAAGAAGCUCGAGUCGCAGCCGGAGACGGUGUCGUGGAAGCUGUCGCCGUCCAUCCCCGUCGAGGCCUUCCGGAUCGCGCUGCGCUACGUCUACCUCGGGGCCAUCCCCAGAGACCUUGCCCCGCAGAACAGCGACGUGACCGAGGAGGAUGUUCUGAAAGGGCUGGACAAGAUCAGCAAGGAUCUCGAGAUCGAGAGAUUGUGGGAAACCAUUCUCGCCGGCGGUGACCGCCGCCUCGCGCGGCAACGGUAUCAGGACGAGGUGGAGAAGGCCCGCAACCAGAUCGGCGACUUCUUCAAGCAGAAUGUAUUAGGCCACAAGAUGAUCGUCGACACGGACCGGGUGAGCGACGUCAAAUGGCGGCACGACAACUCGAUCUUCGCCGACGUCCUCCUCCGAGCGGACGAGCCCGCCGACGGAGAAGACAGCCAGGAAGAGGAGGCCGCCGAGACGGGCAACGGCGCCAUCCCCAUCGGGCCUGUGGCGAACGGCAAGCACACGGAGUCCAAGCCGGCCAAGUCGGUCCUCUUUCCCGCCCACAAGGCCAUGCUCGUGCGCAGCGAAUACUUCGAGAAGAUGUUCUUCGGCGAGUACAUCGAGUCCCAACCCGGCGACACCCUCCGCAUCAUCACCGUUGACACCACCCCGGAGACCCUCGAGCUCAUCCUCACCUUCCUCUACACCGAGUCCACCGACGGCAUCACCCUCGACCACGCCCUCGACCUCCUCUACGCCUCCGACAUGCUCUUCCUCGACGGGCUCAAGUCCAAGGCUGCCGCCGCCAUCUCCACCCUCGGCAACGGCGCCGCCGCCGUCCUCACAGCCGACGACGCCGUCGUCGAGCCCAUCAACGUCUACGACAUCAUCCACGCCGCCUGGGACCUCAACGUCCAGCGCCUGGAGGAGUUCUGCGCCCGCUACCUCGCCGACCGGCUCGAGGACUACAUCGACGAGGACGAGUUCCAGGAGCUGAUCCGCGAGAGCGCCAACAGGCUGCGGAGUCGCGAGGAGACGGACACCAUCGAGCUGCUGGACGACAUCAGGUACUACCUGUCAGAGCGGUUCAGGCAGCGCUUCGAGGACACGGGGCUCGACGAGUUCAUGGACGAGAACGGCGAGAUCGACGCAGCCGCCGCGGCUACCAUUGCCGGACAGGCUGCCGCCAACGGCGACGCCACAGCUACGGAGGAUGGCCCAGAGAUUCUAGCCGCUCCGGUGGGUGAGAAGGAAGAGAACGGCGAUGGGGCUCUACGCACGAUAGACGGGAAGGCGGCAGAAGACGAGUUCGCCUCCGACGCCAUCAAUUAUCAGCUUCUGUUGGGUAAGAUUGAUGUCAUGUUAGAUCGUCUUAAGCUAGAUGCAUAA